AUGGCACCCGCAGCAACCGGCGGCAAGAAGCAGAAGAAGAAGUGGUCCAAGGGCAAGGUCAAGGACAAGGCCAACCACGCCGUGGUGCUCGACAAGUCGACCUCCGACAAGCUCCAAAAGGACGUGCAGUCCUACCGCCUCAUCACCGUCGCCACGCUGGUCGACAGGCUGAAGAUCAACGGCUCGCUCGCCCGGAAAGCGCUCGCGGAUCUCGAGGAGAAGGGCCAGAUCAAGAAGGUUGUCGGGCACAGCAAGCUCAGCAUCUACACACGAGCGGUCGGCGCCGCGGAGUAG